GUUGUAUUGAUUAAGUAAUAAAAUAAAUGGUCGUUAAUGUGUGUAAAAGUGACCGUUAUUAGCCACUAAACUUGCCAAUGAGAACCGGUGGAUGUCUGUUUGCGUCAGACUUUACGCGCCUCACCGCAUGUCAAUUUCCAUCAAGGAGCUCUCGGUGAUUUCGCAUCUCAGUGCGCACAGAGGAGAGAUGGGUGAAUAUUUGCCUUACUGAACGUGGGGAUUUAAAUAUAGACUGUUGUUCAACUACGAAUAAGAUUCUGGACAAAGCAGCGUACCCCAACUGCGUCCUUCUUCACAUCUCUGUGGAUUCGACCCUCUGAACAUCUCUGACCUCUGACCCGUCAGACUCCUACCACCCACCGUCACCAUGCUUAAGAACAGCAAGGUGACCCUGGGACUCCCUCACAGUGAUCCAGUCACUGAGUCAGUGGCGGACCUCCUGACCCUGGCCGAGCCCCUGGACUAUAAGAGCAGCCGGAUGAGUAUGGGUCUCAGCCCCGGGGCCCAGCCAGCCAUGGGCAAGGGCCUGCUGCCUUCUCCAGGGGACGAGGAGGGGAGGCCGGCCUGGAACAGCAAGCUGCAGUACAUCCUGGCCCAGGUUGGGUUUUCUGUUGGCUUGGGCAACGUCUGGAGGUUCCCUUACCUGUGUCAGAAGAAUGGAGGAGGUGCGUACCUGGUCCCUUACUUUAUCCUCCUCAUUCUCAUUGGGAUCCCUCUGUUCUUUCUGGAGCUGGCGGUGGGACAGAGGAUCCGGCGUGGGAGCAUUGGAGUGUGGAACUACGUUUACCCUCAGCUAGGAGGCAUCGGGGUCUCCAGUCUAAUGGUGUGUGGCUUCGUGGGCCUGUACUACAACGUGAUCAUCGGCUGGAGUAUCUUCUACUUUUUCCAGUCCUUCCAGUACCCGCUGCCCUGGGCAGAGUGCCCCAUCAGGGUGGUCAAUGGAAGCCAAGCCAUAAUUGAACCGGAGUGUGAAAAGUCUUCUGCCACCACCUACUUCUGGUACCGGCAGACCCUGAACAUCACCAGCACCAUCGAGGAUAGCGGAGGCCUCAACUGGAAGAUGACCAUGUCCCUGUUCGCCGCCUGGCUCAUCGUCUGUCUGGCAGUGAUCAAGGGUAUUCAGUCAUCUGGGAAGGUAACAGGCCGAGACAUAUGUCUCACCGUGCUCAUCGUUGCCACAGUGAUAGAGAUGGCCGUCAGUCCUGCAGGGUACAACGCCUGGGUGGAGGAACUGGCGUCGGAGAAGUUCCUCUCCUAUCCUCCGUGGGCUCUGGGCGUGGCCUACUCCCUCAUCAUCGCCGCCAUGCUUCCUCUCCCCUGCGUCUUCAUCGCGCGCCACUUCAACCUGCUCUCUGACGGCUCCAACAAGCUGUCCGUCUCCUACCGUAAAGGCAUGACCAAGGAACUCUCUGGCCUAGAGGAGGAGAAUGAGUCCCGCUUCAUCCUCGGUAAAGGCACCCCCAGCCCCAGCCCCUCGCCCAUGCCUUCUCACCGCCCCUACCUGGGGCCCGGCGGAGCCCAGGAGAUGACCAACACGGCUGGAUAUGGUACCGGGACACCAACCAAGACGGGUUAUCAGAAUAUUAAUUCGCCAGAGUCCGAACUAUGAUUGAUCUGACUGACUGAAGCACAAGACACCCUAUCUAUCAAACACAACUCAACAAAACCCCUCCAGAGAGAGAGAGAGAGAGAGAGAGAGAGAGAGAGAGAAAGAGAGAGAGAGAGAGAGGAGAGAGAGAGAGAGAGAGAGAGAGAGAGAGA